AGAACGAUCAAACUUGAACUUCGGACUGGGACACCAGCUUAGCAUUAGAUAAAACAACAUGUCGUUCUCUUUUGACUUCGUCGAGAGCUGCGGUGACUCCUGGUAAGGUACGUGGCCAACGAGGCCUUGCGGAUGAAGAUCUUACCGUUUAGGAAAAAUGGCAAAUCCCUGAGGGAAGUGGCCGCCGAACAAAAAAACGACAACAUCAUUAAGGAAGCUCAAACUGAUUAUAAUUCAUUUAAAGCGCUCUCUCCUAGAAUAGAACAGUAAACUCAUCAUGCAACUAAGUUCUCGGCACUUGUUCUCUUCAGCUUACCAGUCAUUUCAAUCGCUCAUUUGGAUUUGCUUCUAUUUCCUUUACAACAAUUCUGAAGUUAUAUAUAAGUACAUUUAUUUCUUGUAAUAAUCUUGAGCUUCUCCGAGGCCCUCUAACUACAGUUAUAAGACCCGAAAAAAAGAAGGACCUCGACCUACUUCUACUAGAACAACAGGACCUUCUACUAGAACGACAGGACCUUCAACAUCACGACCUUCAGUGGAUUGCGCUGAUUGCUGUACUUUUGGUGAUGACGUGUGGCCACUACCACAUCACUGCUUGGUCGAAGAGAAGGAUCUCCCCAAUGAGCAGACACAACAACAUGCCCCUCAUGAAAAUUCUCAAAGACCCGCCUCGUACUCUUUCGAGCAAAAAGAUAAAGUAAGCAUAGAAGAAGAUAAACUGAGACAUGAUCGUGAAAAAGACGACUCCUACAUCCAGCAUGUUGAACAUUCUCAAGUGGCAAAUAGCAAGAAUAAGACACAAGAACUAGUACUCCUACAAGAGACCUUUGAAUCUACCUUCACGUCUUUACCCUCAGCAUCGACUUCGAGUUCAUCUCAUCUUCAUCAUGCACUACAUGAAUCUGCUCCGAGUAGCUCCUCCUCCUCCUCCUCCGCUAUCGCUGCCAAGCCAAUCGGAACAAGAAACUUCAGCAGCAAAAACCAAGAAAGUCUCCAAGCAGAUCGUAGAAAUUCACCGAAUAGCGUGGUCUUUGGGCAAGAACAGGUAGCAUCAUCAUCUGCGACAUCUUCAUCUUCUGCUACAACUCGAGAGGCAAGAACAAGCAAUAACAAUAAUUAUAUCAAGAAAGAAGAAGAACGAGGUGGACGAGCAGAC